GCCAUCUUGAUCUAUCCCGUACGCCGAUAAAUUUUUUUCACAGGUGACCAAUGCAAUUGUCAUUGCUCUUGCAAAAAAGCAUUUUGAGAAGAUUUCAAACUAUCAGAGAUUUCUCAAGAAAAAUGACUCAAGAAAUUUUGUGCAAAGAAGCUGAAAAAAUUUUCGCAGCAGCAGUUAACUCUGUCAAACCUGAAGAGCUGAUUUCUAAUUCUGUGAAUUUCCACUCAAACACUAUAGAGAUUCAAGGGAAAACAUUUCAUGUGAAUAAUAAUGUACAUAUAGUGGGAUUUGGUAAGGCUGUUUUAGGGAUGGCCUUAGCAUUGGAAAGCAUGCUUAAAACACAUGUAAUUUCCUCCAUGGUUUCUGUUCCACAAGGAGUAAGAAAUCAACACAUAACAAGGAGUGGCAUGUUGCAAUCUUCACAUAUUCAAAUAUUUGAAGGUGCAUCAAAUAACAUUCCAGAUAGUAAAUCAUUUUUAGCAGCAACCAAGAUAGCCGAACUAGUUACUUCUUUAAGUGAAAAAGAUUUAUUAUUCAUCCUUAUAUCAGGUGGUGGGUCAGCACUUUUGCCAUUACCAAAAAGUCCAUUAACACUAGAAGAAAAACAAAAAGUGAUUAAGCUUUUGGCAGGUAAAGGAGCAACAAUUCAGGAAUUAAAUACCAUUAGGAAAAGACUAUCAGUGCUAAAAGGAGGAGGAUUAGCGAGAUUAGCAAGACCUGCACAGGUGGUGAGUCUUAUUUUAUCUGAUAUAAUUGGUAAUCCUUUAGAUUACAUAGCAAGUGGGCCUACAGUCCGUAACACAGACAAUUCAUCAUCACCCAUGUUGAUAAUUAAACGGUACAACUUGCUACAUGAAAUGCCUCAAGCAGCCAUACAGCUACUUCAAGAUAUUCCAGAAGAAACAAAAGAGAAGGAUUUCAGUCAUGUUAACAACUUUGUCAUCGGAAAUAAUGAGAUUGCACUACAAGCUGCAGCAUCUCAAGCUAUUGAUUUUCACUAUGCACCAAUCAUACUAACAAGUGCAAUAAAAGGCUCGGCUUCUCAAGUUGGACCUAAACUGGUGCAAAUGGUUAACUCUUCCCUUCAAGGAAAUUGUAAAUUAACAACCGAGAUAGCUAAAGAAAUUGAGAUAGGAGCAGAAUCAGUGGGCAAUUUAUUGGAAACUGCAAAAAAGUUUACAAAUAAAGGUACUGACUUAUGCAUAGUGCUCGGAGGUGAAACCACAGUUGAAGUCAGAGGCAAGGGAAUUGGAGGUAGAAAUCAGGAAUUAGCACUUGCAGCAACUCUUGAGUUUAAUGAGAUAAAAUGUGUGCAAAACGUUGCGAUUCUGUUGCUCAGUGCAGGCACUGAUGGCAUAGAUGGUCCAACUGAUGCAGCUGGUGCUUUUGCAGCACCUUUCAUAUUGAAAGCAGCAAAAGAAGUUAGUUUAGAUGCCAAAUUAUAUUUACAAAAUAAUGAUUCUUAUUCUUUUUAUAAAGUAUUGCAAAACGGCCAGUGGUUAUUAAAAACUGGACAUACUGGGACAAAUGUAAUGGACAUAAUUAUCAUCCUUGUGAAAGGAACAAAUGGGGAAAAUCUACUUUGAAUCCAAAUACUUAAUGAUUUUGUAAAUUUAAGACAAUAUGUUCAGAAUUGAAAAGAAAAUUAAAUUUUAAAAUCACUGAAACACAUUUAAUUUUUAUUUCAUUACACUAUGUUACAAAGAAUGCACGG